AUGGCAACGACAGAAGCCGCCAUGGCUGAUUCUCCCGCCUACCAUCCCGACCGCCGCGUCAACGGCUCGCCUCCACCCGCUCAGUCAAAGCGAGACAAGCGCCGCCAAAUGCUUGCCGACCGUCUCGCCUCGCUCUCCGACAAGUUCGGCAAGGACAAGGACCAGGCGUUCCGCGAGCAGCUUCACAAGAUUCAAAUUGAUACCACAUUGGUCAUGAAGGUUGAUCCCUAUGUGGAUCGACCCCUUGACAACUUUGAGCAAGACCAGCAAAGACUGCAACAGCUCAACGGAGACGCCGACGGCCAGUCGGGGUCACAGACUCUACUGGAUAGAGCCGGGCCGAGAUUCGCUCAAUGGAUGGAAAAGGUCCAAGAUUUAGUCGAACAACGGGACUACGCUCUCACAAAGUACAAGUUUGACUACGAGAAGAAGACUUCGGAAUUCCUCACAGCCCACGCCUUUAAGACAGAAACAGCAAACCGAGAAUACAAAGCUCUCUCACAAACGCUCCGCGACCGUUUAAUCAACGUUAUCAUGAGCAAAAAAUCCCGAUUGAACAGGGAAAAGGAGGCUCUGGAGAUCUCAGAUGCAUCGGCGCUCCUGCUCCACCCCAAUCAGUUCAGCAUCACCAACCCCGCGAGCCCAGGAGGCGCCCAUGGCAAGCGAGCGACACGACAACGCCGAGAAUUGGAAGAUAUGACCUUUGAAAACAAAAAGAGGAAGCGGUUAAACAACAACGACGACGAUGGGUCGCCGGUACCACAGCGCCGGGCGCUGGAUGCUUCGGGCACCACGCCGCUCUGGCAAACAGAUCGGCUAGCCUCGCGGAAACCCACGGGGACAGUGUACAGCAUCGACAAGCUCUUUACCGACAAGGAACUCGGCAUGACCUCUAGCGCGGCGACCCUGGCGGCCCGGAAAUACAUCCUCACCCACAAGCCUAAGCUCGACGACCAGGGCCGUCCAAUCAAGUCGCCCGAUGGCAGCGAUUCCGGGACCGGCGACAACGACGAGGACGGGUCGGACUCAAUUCCUUCCGCACCCAUGAUGGAGCGGAAUGUGUCGCAUGCUACACGCAGCGGCCGGGGAGGGGCCAACAACCCCAACUUCACCGAUGACAAGCUCAUGGGUAUGGAGAUGCUCGCCAAUUUCGACUUCCAGGGUAACUUCGACCGCAUGCUUGCAGCGGACCCGAAACUACCGCCAACCUUCCCGUCAACAUACAUCAAGGGCAACAAGAUGGAGUACAAUGUGCCCACGGUCCUCAAUGCCGAGGAUGCGCACAGUGACAUAAUGGUGAUGCAAGCGCUGAAACAGUACGACGAGACACACGGCGUGGGCUCCAACUUCUCAGUGGAGAAUGGUAGCCGCAAGCUGCUGGAGGCCGCGUCGAUGCCGGCACAGGAUGCACGGUUCGUCGCAUACCUGCAAGGGGAAAGGCCGUCAGAAAACCAGGUCAGGCAACAGCUAGGGCUUCCCCUCUUGUCGGAUGUCGUCGAGCCUGUCAUGUCGGAAAGAGCUGGGACUCCUAAGCUGGGUCAUGGGAGCACGCCGAACCCGUCUCCUGCGAAGGGGUCGGCGCUCGGAGGCGUUUCGAUGAGCAGGCAGUCGAGCGCUAAUGGCGUGCCGAUGAGCCGGACCAGCAGUCGAAAAGGCGGCCGAGGUGGGCGGGGUGGCUGA